UUCACAUUUAUCUUCUUUCAAUUCUAACACAAUCUAACUAUACAUUGUUUUUUGAAGUUUAGCCAAUGUCAGUUCUACAUUCAGAAAAAAAAGUCAAAUGUUUAUUACGAUCUUACAAUUUUGGCCUACUAAAACUAAAAAUGCUUUAUUUUUUAAUUUGAAAAUCCCAUGCAAAAAUCCCAAAGGUGCCUUUCAUGUUUAAGCUUUAAUUAGCAACCACUUUGGUCUCUGACACAUAUUGUGCAGAUAUUGAAGUGUUAAUAUUACUGAAGCUUGAUUACAAAAGGCAAUGAUUAAUUUUAAAGCAGACUAAAAAGAUAUGCCCUGAUUACAAAGGAAUGAUUAAGGCGGAAUGUCAGACGUUGCACAUUUAUAGCAGUCUUUGCCACAGUCAAAGGAUAAGACGUUGCAGUUUAUAUUUAGAAUCACGGGUACUUAGUUCUUCAUAAUGCCGGGUGUUUGCGCCUCGGAGAAAGAUCACCACAAGUCCAAGUACGGCCUUAAGACUUUUGGGGCCACCUGGCCAAAGCGAAGCCCCUGACGCAGACUGGACCCAACGAGACGCCGUAGUUCAGUCCCCACCCGGCGAGGCCAACCGGAGGUCCCUGCUGCGGCCUGCAGGAAGGGCUCCAGCCCACGCUGUUGUUAGCAAGUACACGGAUUACCGUGAGACAGAACCCUGUGAGGACGUUCGCCCAAAAAAGGGAGGGGGUGGAGGGGAAAGGCCAGCAACACCGAGGGGUGCUACCUAGGCCGGCUCAGACGCCAUACCUGGGCGCCUCCAUUUUUAUUUGCCACCAGCACAGACAGGAAACCCGCGAAGGCCCGGGGCCUCGACUGGGGGGAGCUGCGUUCAGUCGGGAACGAAAGCCGGGCUUCUGCCCCAGGCAGGGCGAGGGUGCAGGGUGCGAGGGGGGUGAACGGCUGUCCUUUGUUAGCCUCGCCCAUCCAGAGUCCAGGCCAGCCCGGGGAUAGCCCCGAACCGCCCUCCUUCCUCACUCCGCAGUGCCCCUCGCACUCCUCGCCCGAGGGACCGAAAGGCGUCGACGGAUCCGCGGGAGCCAGGCCCGAGAUGAGUUUAGAGUCCCUGUUUCGGCACAUCAUCUUCUCGGAGCAUCAGGCCGAGGAGGGUCGCCGCGUGAUCCGAGAAGUAAGGUCCGAGAUAAACAGAUGUCGUGAAGAAGUGAAGAGAGCAGCCGAGCUGCUGAACGAGGAGAAAGCCAAGUUGGAAUCUAAGGUUCAACAGUUUUCUGAAAAAGCCUUCCUCUUACAGCUUUGGAAAAUUCAUGAAAAUGCCUUAGAAAGACAGUGUAGUGAAAUUACAAACCAGAGGAAUAUGCUUCUCCAAACCUUUGGGGCUACAAAGAAAAAAGUGACCGAGGAAGAAGAAAAAUUUAUUAAGGAAAUUGCAGACUUCAAUAAUGAGUAUGAAGUAACAAAGAAAAGAAAGCUUUUGAUGAAAGAAAAUGUCAAGAUUGAAAUAUCUGCCUUAGAAAACCAGGCAAACAUUUUGAAGAGGGAAAUAAAAUCGAUGGACCAUGAUAGUGGCCAGUUAUGUGAACUUCAAAAACAAAAGAGUGAAGUAGUACAAGAAUUACUUACUGUGCAGAGAAAACUUAAAGUUUUUGAAGAUAAAAAGAUUGAAGCCAUUUGUACUACCAAAUACCUAGAGGCAGAAAAAGCAAAGAUCAAUGAAAAGCCUCAAAAUGAUGCUGAGUGCUUAAGACUUAAAAAAGAAUUAGAACUUUAUAAGGAAGAUGACAUGCAAAGUGCUUGGGAAGCUCUCCAAACAGAAAUAGAAGUUUUGGAGUUGACAUUGGCACAGAAGGAUCUUCAGGAAAAUAAAUAA